AUGGCAGCAUCACCCCUGAAAGUGUGCAUCGUGGGCUCGGGGAACUGGGGUUCAGCUGUUGCAAAAAUAAUUGGUAAUAAUGUCAAGAAACUUGAGAAGUUUGCCUCCAUGGUCAAGAUGUGGGUCUUUGAAGAAACAGUUAAUGGGAGAAAACUGACAGACAUCAUAAAUAAUGACCAUGAAAAUGUAAAAUAUCUCCCUGGACACAAGCUGCCAGAAAAUGUGUUCAUUCACAGGAUCUGUGACGAGAUCUCUAGGAAAGUGCCCAAGGGCGUGCUGGGCAUCAGCCUCAUCAAGGGCAUAGACGAGGGUCCUGAGGGGCUGAAGCUUAUUUCCGACAUCAUCUGAGAGAAGAUGGGCAUUGACAUCAGUGUGCUCAUGGGAGCCAACACUGCCAAUGAGGUGGCUGCUGGGAAGUUCUGUGAGACCACCAUCGGCUGCAAGGUAAUGGAGAAUGGUCUUCUCUUCAAAGAACUUCUGCAGACUCCAAAUUUUUGAAUUACGGUGGUUGAUAAUGCAGACACUGUUGAACUUUGUGGUGCCCUGAAGAACACUGUGGCCGUGGGAGCUGGGUUCUGCGAUGGCCUCCGCCGUGGCGACAACACCAAAGCCACCGCCAUCUGCCUGGGGCUCAUGGAAAUGAUCGCCUUCACCAGGAUCUUCUGCAAAGGCCAGGUGUCCACGGCCACCUUUCUGGAGAGCUGCGGCAUAGCCGACCUGAUCACCACCUGCUAUGGGGGCCGGAACCGCAAGGUAGCGGAGGCCUUUGCCGGGGCCGGAAGGACCAUUGAAGAAUUGGAGAGGGAGAUGCUGAAUGGGCAGAAGCUGCAAUGACCUCAGACUUCCGCUGAGGUGUACCGCAUCCUCAGACAGAAGGAGCUGCUGGACAAGUUUCCACUGUUCACUGCAGUGUACCAGAUCUGCUACGAAGGUAGGCCCGUUCAAGAGAUGUUGUCUUGUCUCCAGAGCCAUCCAGAGCACAUAUAA